AUGUCAAAUCCGCAGUAUGACAGCAAUGGAAAUCCAAUGGAUCCGAGAGAUGAUUUUAGUCAGAUAGACAGCGACGUCCGCUUUGUUCCUCAGACCAGAUACAACGACAUUUUUGAUGGUAAGUUCCCUGCGCAGAUUGCUAAAGACAAGGACAAUGCACGAAGAGGACACGCAGGCGGCAGUUCCAGUGCUGGAGGAAAGGGAAAGAAAGUCACAAAGCCCUACGACCCUGUGUAUCGAGCCCACAAAGAAAACGUUAAGGCUAAAGAAGCUAAAGAUGCCUCUGUGCGCCGAUGA